AUGAGAGGUUCGACAGGGAAGAUACUCAUGAGGACGAUGAAGUAUGGUGCCAUUGUCGGUGGUACAGCUAUAGGAGGCACCUCUGCAUACAUAUACUUCACUACACCUAGCCCCAUUCCCGCGAGUGCUUAUCGGAAAACAGUGCCACAGUUUGAGCGCAGGAAGUCGUUAGAAAAGUUACGCCGAGAUGAGUACUGUGCGCAUUAA